AUGCUAAAUAUUGAGGUGAAAAAAGUGCUACUUCGUCUUAAUUUACGAGACCCCUCAAUCACCUGGUACCACAACGACAAGAAACUUGAGAGCAGCGAAGAGAUCAAAGUGAAAUUCGAAGAAGAAACUGGAAAGACGUCAAUUCGCAUCUAUAAACCCCAACUCGCUCACAAUGGUACCGUUCGGGUAAUCGCUGAGAAUGAGUUUGGUCGUGCGGAAGCCACUGCUACAUUAAAGGUUGAACGAAAGACUGAAGUACCAAAGUUCACUAGUAAUAUGGAUGAUAGGCAGGUUAAUGAAGGCGAUACGGUAAAGUAUACGUCAACUGUGGAAGGAUUCCCAGAACCUACGGUAGAAUGGUUCCUGAAUGGGGAACCUGUAAGCAAAUAUCCAAAUAUUACUGUUACUGAAAGUGCUGGACAACAUACUAUAGAGAUCAAAGAAAUUACCCCAGAGCAAUCUGGAGAGCUCUCUUGCCAGGCAUCUAAUGCUGGUGGAAUGAAGAAGCAGAAUGUGAUUCUGAACGUCAAACGAGUUGGCGAGGCGCCAACUUUCGCGAAAAAUCUAGAAGAUCGUAUGGUUACCGAAGGAGAAGUCACUAUCAUGGAGGCUAAACUCAAUCAGGUCAAACCAAAGCCAACAAUUACAUGGCUACGAGACGGCAAAGAGUUCAAGAGUGAUGAUCACUUUGUGCUUUCUGAACAAGAAGAUGGCACCCUACAGUUGAAAAUCAUUUCGACAAAAAUGGAAGACAAAUGCAGAGUUACAAUCAAAGCUGAGAAUUACUUUGGAACUGCUGAAACUUCUGCCUCUUUGGGUGUGAUAAAACCACGCCCAAUGGCGAAACCAGCUUUCCAAAGCGAUAUUGCACCAAUUCAUCUCACCGAGGGUGAUUCGCUACAGACAAAACUUUUGAUUACUGGUGAUCCAACGCCAUUUGUCAAAUGGUACAUCAAUAACCAGUGGAUCUUUUUGUAA